CGUUUGCGAAGAGCUUCAAACACAACAUGGAUCUAACAUACAUUCUCUUCCAAGUGGCGAUCGCGCUGUUGGCCAUCGUCACCUAUAUCGUCCAUCGACGGUUGACUUACUUCAAACGCCGCGGUAUCCCGUACGAUCCUCCCCAUCCUGUGAGAGGAAACCUUCAGGGACUGUUGAAGACAAGAGGCUUUCACGAAAUCUUACGCGAUCACUACAACAAGUUCCGGGAGGUCAAAGCCCCUUUUGUGGGUUUCUAUAUAUUCCAAAAACCCGCUGCUUUCGUCAAGGACCAGGAGCUGGCCAAGCACAUCCUGAUAAAGGACUUUUCCAACUUCUCCGACAAGGGGCUGUUCUACAAUGAGAAGGAUGACCCCAUUUCGGCACAUCUCUUCAACCUGGAUGGACCCCAGUGGCGGUUACUUCGCAGCAAACUAUCAUCGACCUUCACUUCUGGGAAAAUGAAGUACAUGUAUCCCACAGUGGUUUCAGUGGCCAACGAAUUCAUCGCUGUGAUGAAUGAAAAAGUGCAGCAGAAAUCGGUCCUGGACAUCCGUGAUCUGGUGGCCCGGUUCACGGUGGAUGUGAUCGGCACCUGUGCUUUUGGCAUCCAGUGCAACAGCUUGCGGGAUGAGGAGGCCGAGUUCCUGCAUUUUGGAAAGCGAGCCCUAGUGGAAAAGCGCCAUGGUCCCUUGGUAUUGGGAUUCAUGCGAACCUAUCCAAAGUUGGCCAAGAAACUGGGCUUUGUGAGAACUGCCCAACCAAUUCAGGACUUUUACCGUCGCAUUGUAACGGAGACAGUGACUUAUCGCGAAAAGGAAAAGAUAAACCGGAAUGACUUCAUGGACAUGCUGAUCGACAUGAAGAACAAAAAAGAAGUGACCCUGGACAACGGCGAGGUGGUCAAGGGCCUGACCAUGGACGAAGUGCUGGCCCAAGCCUUCGUGUUCUUCAUUGCUGGGUUCGAGACCUCCUCGUCCACGAUGGGCUAUGCUUUGUAUGAGUUGGCCAAGAACCCCGAGGUCCAAGACAAGCUAAGAGCUGAAAUCAACGAUGGGCUAGUGCAGCACAAUCACGAGCUCACCUACGAGUGCAUCAAGGACCUCCACUACCUCCACCAGGUUAUAAAUGAAACUCUACGUCGGUACACCAUUGUUCCCCAACUGGAUCGCAUGGCAAAAAAUCGCUACGUGGUUCCAGGACACCCUAACUUUGUCAUCGAAGCCGGCCAAUCGGUCAUCAUUCCCUCAUCUGCUAUCCACCUCGACCCGGAAAUCUACCCCGAGCCUUAUGAGUUCCGCCCUGAGAGAUUCUCUCCCGAGGAAUCGGCCAACAGGUCCUCAGUAGCUUGGCUUCCCUUUGGAGAUGGUCCGCGGAACUGCAUUGGCCUGAGAUUUGGCCAGAUGCAGGCGCGCAUUGGACUUGCUCUACUCAUCAAGAACUUUAAGUUCUCCACCUGCCCCCAAACUCCCGAUCCUCUAGUCUACGAUCCCAAAUCAUUUGUGCUCAGCGUAAAGGACGGCAUUCACCUUAAACUGGAGAAAGUCCCUAUAAAGCUAACCAUGGCUGUUGGUACGGUUUUGUUCAUUGCGUUUCUGGCGCUUCUUGUCUAUCUUUUGGUGAAGAUACGCCAAACCAUGAAGUAUUGGCAGAAUGAAGGUAUUCCUUGCGAGGAACCGGACCUACUAAUGGGAAGCUUAAAGGGAUUGCUGACCAAGAGAUCGUUUAAUGACGUCUGGAUGGGUUACUACAAAAAGUUUCGCGGCACCGGGCCCUUUGCCGGAUUCUACUGGUUCCGUCGACCUGCGGCCUUUGUUUUGGAGCCAUCCCUCGCCAAGAACAUUCUCAUCAAGGAUUUCAACAAGUUCACGGACCGGGGCUUCUACCACAACACCAAGGAUGAUCCAUUAUCGGGUCAGUUGUUUCUGCUGGAUGGCCAGAAGUGGAAAUCAAUGCGCACCAAGCUAUCACCCACCUUUACCUCCGGAAAAAUGAAGUACAUGUUUCCUACCGUCAUCAAGGUGGGUUAUGAGUUUACCGAUGUUUUCUCCGAAAUGGUGGACCAAUCCUCCAUCGUUGAGGUCAAGGAGUUGUUGGCCAGAUUCACUACAGAUGUGAUUGGCACCUGUGCCUUUGGCAUCGAGUGCAGCAGCCUGAAAGAUCCCGAGGCCGAGUUCCGGGUCAUGGGUCGUCGAUCCUUGACGGAACAACGUCUAAGUUCCAUGGCUAUGGGAUUCGUUAACAGUUUCCCUAAUCUUGCUCGACGCCUUGGCAUGAAGACUACCGCGGAGCCCAUUGAAAAGUUCUUCAUGCGCAUCGUCCGGGAAACGGUGAGCUUCCGAGAGCAAAACAACAUCCGGCGAAAUGACUUUAUGGAUCAGUUGAUCGAUUUAAAAAACAACCCACUAAUGAAAUCCGAAAACGGAGAGAAUGUCAAUCUGACCAUUGAAGAGGUGGCAGCUCAGGCAUUUGUAUUCUUUACUGCUGGUUUUGAGACUUCCUCGACCACAAUGGGAUUCGCCUUGUACGAGUUAGCCCAGCAUCAAGAUAUUCAGGAUCGUGUAAGAAAGGAGUUACAGGAGGUUGGCCAAAAGUUUAAUGGAGAGUUAACAUACGAGAGCAUUAAGGAACUGGUCUAUCUCGACCAGGUUAUAUCUGAAACUCUUCGCUUAUACACAGUCCUUCCAGUCCUGAACCGCGAAUGCCUUGAGGACUAUGUAGUCCCCGAGAAUCCCAAGUAUGUGAUCAAGAAAGGAAUGCCUAUUAUAAUCCCCGCCGGAGCAAUGCAUAGAGACGAGCGAUUUUACCCCAACCCUGACACAUUUGAUCCGGACAACUUCUCUCCAGAACGAGUCAGGAAUCGCGACUCUGUUGAAUGGCUUCCAUUCGGAGAUGGCCCCCGCAAUUGCAUUGGAAUGCGUUUUGGCCAAAUGCAAAGCCGCAUUGGCCUGGCGCUCCUCAUCAAGAACUUUAAGUUCUCCGUUUGCAGUCAGACAACUAUUCCCAUGAAGUUCGAUAAAAAAUUAUUCCUCAUAGGCAGUGAAUCUGGAAUUUAUCUUAAGGUGGAACGUGUGUAA